AUGAAGAGUGAGCAAAAAUGGAAUUAUUCAGAGGUGACUGACUUUAUUCUCUUGGGAUUUAGAGCCACUCCAAAGCUACAGAUUCUCUUAUUUCUGGUGUUUUUGGUGGUCUAUGUGGUCACUGUGUUGGCAAACAUCAGCAUGAUAAUUGUCAUCAGGAUAGACUCCAAGCUCCACACGCCCAUGUACUUCUUCCUUAGAAACUUGUCUUAUUUAGAUCUCUGCUACUCCACAGUCAUCGCCCCCAAAACAUUAGCCAACUUCUUGACCAAGGAAAAGAAAAUUUCUUACAAUGGCUGUGCCAUUCAGUUCUUCUUCUUUGCCCUGUUUGUUACAACUGAAGGUGUCCUCUUGGCUGUAAUGGCCUUUGAUCGCUUCUCGGCCAUUUGUUCCCCUCUGCUUUAUCCAGUACGCAUGACUCAGACAGUCUGUGUUCAAUUGGUCACUGGAUCCUACAUCUGCGGGGGCAUCAACUCCAUGAUACAAACAGGCUUCACCUUCAGCCUGCGUUUCUGUGGAGAAAACAGACUGGACCACUUUUUCUGUGACGUCCCAGCCCUCAUCAAGAUCUCUUGUGUUGACCCCUUCGUGAAUGAGCUUGUACUGUUUCUCCUCUCUGCGCUCAUCAUCAUCAGCACCACAACUGUCAUUCUGGUUUCCUACGCCUACAUCCUCGCCACUGUCCUCAAGAUCCCCUCAGCCCGCGGCAGGAGGAAGACCUUCUCCACCUGUGGCUCCCACAUCACCGUGGUGAGUUUAUUCUAUGGAACUGUGUUCUUCAUGUACGCCCAGCCGGGGGCCAUCUCCUCACCAGAGCAAAGCAAGGUGGUGGCUGUGUUCUACACGCUGAUCAUACCCAUGGUUAACCCUCUGAUCUACAGUUUGAGAAACAAAGAUGUGAAAGACACUGUGAAACGAAUGAGAAAGAGG